UUAACCAUGAGCGGCAGAGGAGGCGGUAAAACUGGUGGUAAAGUCAGAGCGAAGGCGAAGACUCGCUCUUCUCGGGCUGGUCUGCAGUUCCCUGUCGGUCGUGUUCACAGACUGUUGAGGAAGGGGAACUAUGCGGAGCGUGUUGGUGCCGGCGCUCCCGUCUAUAUGGCGGCUGUGCUCGAGUAUCUGACCGCUGAGAUCCUCGAGUUGGCUGGAAACGCUGCCCGCGACAACAAGAAGACCCGUAUCAUCCCCCGUCACCUGCAGCUGGCUGUUCGCAACGACGAGGAGCUCAACAAACUGCUGGGAAAAGUGACCAUCGCUCAGGGCGGCGUGCUGCCAAACAUUCAGGCUGUUCUGCUGCCCAAAAAAAGCGAACCGAAGACCAAGUCCAAGUAAACCUGAACUGACAUCCGCCCAAAAAAGGCUCUUUUAAGAGCCAAACAAUGAACUACUAGAGAAUAGCAUUCCUGCAUAUAUAGCAUUUUUUUUUCUCCUUCAUUCUGAAAUGGUAAGUUGUAUAACCUAUUAUUUGUGCAAAUAAAUGCAGUAUGUCUGUCAGCAUUACCAUUCAAAUGUAGAAUCUGAUUUGUCAAAUUUUCAACUAUCCAUCAUUAUUUAGAAUAGAGCACUUUUUUUUUGUUUUUAUUUUUUUUGUACUGUAUGUUCAAAUAUGCCAUGAACACAGGUACGCUGUGUAUUUGUUGUUCAAAAUCACGCUUUUCAUAACAUGGGGAGUUGAAAUGAAAUUUAGGUGCAUGUUACAAAGAAAAAAAAAUGUACAAGACAGACUACAGCAUUCAAAACCUACAUAAAAUACACAUACUAAAA